CUUAUUUGACCUGACUGGAUUUGGGAUUCGGGUGACGUUGUCGGUACCCGGAAGUACUAACAGAACGAGCGCUUUCCCUACGUCAUUCUCUCCAGUAACCCUUGGGCUCGGUUUCACAAAAUACAAUGAACCACACGGAGGAUUCCAAGGAGACGACAGCGCCACACGUCGUGAAAGAAGAGCUCCUGGCGUCAGGGAGAUGGGUGAAGCUGGAGAAGACCACCUAUGUGGAUCCUGCUGGCAACACCAGGAUCUGGGAGACAGUGAAGAGGACAACUAGGCAAAACAACACAAAUGUCGAUGGUGUUGGCAUCAUCGCGCUGCUGAAGAGGACGCUGCACAAAGACUGCGUGGUGAUGGUCAAGCAGUUUCGCCCUCCGAUGGGAUACUUCACUCUGGAGUUUCCUGCAGGCUUGAUUGACGAGGGUGAGAGUGCUGAGACGGCUGCGCUGAGGGAGCUGAAGGAAGAAACGGGCUACAAAGGCGAAGUCGUCGGAGUGACACCAGUGACCUGUCUGGACCCCGGCCUGUCCAACUGCACCACCCAGAUUGUCAUGGUCAACAUCAAUGGAGAUGAAAUGGAAAAUAUCAACCCGACACAGCAGCUGGGUGAUGGAGAAUUUGUGGAAGUCAUCCUUUUACCUCUUGAUGAAUUCCAGUUGAAAAUAGAUGAACUGCUGAAGAAAGAAGAAAUCAUGGUGGAUGCCAAGGUUUACAUUUUCGCCAUGGGAAUGGUCCAGGCUUUUUUCAAACCGAGGGAGCUCCCUGUGCUCAAGCAGUGAAACAACAGAAGCGGAAAUAGUAGAAUUACAUGGGACCAAAUGCUUAAGCCCAUUCUAAACUGCCUGAUGUGAUGAUGUGGAACUCUCCAAAGUGACAUUCCAAGUCCAAAAAAAAAGCCGAUACAACUAUUUGCUUAGAUGUCAUUGUUUGGAUCCCACAUCUUCAUGGUCUGUGAAUGUUUACUCCAUGUCUAAUUACACGUAAUAGUCACAUCCAUAGGAAGUAUGGCAAGAUCAUAUUUUUCAGAUUUUUACGACAUUCUAGUAGUGUGCCAAGUUCCAUUUUAUGACUGCAAUACAUUCCUUAACAUACGCUAACAUUGUUAGAAACUUAGUACGACAUGCCCGUCAAACACUAUUGAAGCCUCAUUGGUGAAGGCCUUUUGAGGGUUUGGUUUGGUGGCUCUUUUUCCAAAUGUUAAAAGUUGCUUCAGUGCUGUGUGGUUAACUGGCCUUUUGUUUUUAAUCAUGAAUACUGAAUGUUUCUGGGAUUACAAUAAUGUUAGUUCAUCUAUUAAUGUGUACAUGGCCCUGAGGUUUCAUUUUAUAUAUUGCAACUUCACUGUAAGAUGCAAAGGACACAAAUUUACUGGUAAACAAUCCAUGGUGUGCUUUGAGGCCAUCAUCUCAACAUUGAUGCUGUGCUCACCCCAGGGACUAGAAUUUGCUGACCAUUUCAUAAACACGUUACUACCUGUGA